AUGGGUGACGGGGUGCUCAUCGCGACCGACCUCGACGGAACCUUCCUCACCCCCGACGCCACCGUGUCUCCUCGAAACUGGGCUGCCGUGAAGGCCGCCGAGGCAGCUGGUAUUCACGUCAUUCCGGUAACGGGCCGGGCUAUUGGUGGGCUGCGCGUCAUCGGUCCGGUCUUUCACCGGUAUGCCCUGGUGUCUAACGGUGCUGUCGGUACGGACAUGUCCACUGGCGAGACUCUCUUCACCGAGACGAUGUCGGCUCGUACCGUGAAGUCCUACGUCGACCAACUCACUGCCGAGUGUCCGGGGGUGGUGUUCUGUGCGGAGGUUGGGGAUUCUUCAGUGUUCCUCGUCGAGGAGGGGUACGACGAGAUUGUCCCUGCCUUUGAGUCUGAGAACGAUCCCGCCGAGCACGUUCUCGUCAGUCGUAAGGAGCUGUGCUCUAGUGAAGCCGUCAAGCUCAUGAUCGUGCACCCGACAGUGCCUGCCUCAGAUAUCUACCAGUUGUCUAGGCGCCUGCGGGUGCCCGGAGUUCACGCUACGUGGGCGGGGUUCACGGUGGCCGAGGCCGGACCGGCCGACGUGACGAAGGCCAGUGGUCUAGAACGCAUCUGUCAGCUCCUCGGCGAGGAUCGUGCCAAUGUCGUCGCUCUGGGAGACGGGGCCAAUGACGUUGAGAUGUUGCAGUGGGCCGGUGUGUCUUACGCGAUGAGCGGCGCCAAGCCGGAGGCGAUUGCUGCCGCGGACAGGCGCGCUCCCUCCUGCGAAGAGGAUGGUUUCGCCGUUGUUGUCGAGGAGUUGCUGGCAUCUCGAUAA